AUGGAAGCUCAAGGUGCAACUCUGCCGCAGUAUCACCAGCAUCAACAGUACGGACCCCCGCAGCAUGCCUUUUCAUCCCAGCUCGACAUGGCACAGCAACCCGCUCCAGGCCGCCCCGGGGCUUUCAACAUGAACGGCAUGGCGAAUGCGCUUCCUCAAGCUUCUAUGAGACACGGGCAAUAUUUGCCUGCUGGCCAGCAGCAACAUCAACAGCAGCAACGAUUCAGCCCUGCGGCGUCCUCACCGUCCAUGAUGCCUCAAAUGGCUCCCCAGUAUCCCGGCCAAGCAGCAAUGCCGAUGGGCAACCCGCACUACUACAUGCCUCAGCACCAUCAAAUGCAGCAUUACUAUGCAAGUCAACUGUCCCCGACGCAGCAGCAGGCUCGACCAAACAUGGGCUUCUACCCGAACCAGAUGGUCAUGAACCAUCCGCAGAACAGCCACAUACCCCAAGGAUACUACUAUCCGUCGGGUCCCUAUCCUCACCAGGGGCAGGCCAUGCCUAACCACAUGGUCGCGGCGCAGUACCUUUCGACAACGAACACCGCACACGCCGAUCCGAGAAUCGUGCCGCCCAUCAACGGCGUUGAUCAAUCUAAUGCCAACGUCUCUCCAAACCACAAACUCGCCGAGGAAGGCGAGGGAAGAUCUGGCAUCGUUCGAGGGCCACCGAGAAAGCCGCGACAAAGCGGCCAUGCGAUUUGGAUCGGAAAUCUGCCGCCCCAGACAGACCUCAUGAGCCUAGUACACCACGUCUGCAAGGAAGCGAAUGGACUCGAAUCCUUGUUUUUAAUCUCAAAGAGCAACUGCGCUUUCGCAAAUUUUAAGGACGAAACAACAUGUGUUACGGCGCAGCAGAAACUCCACGAUUCGAAAUUCCAGUCUGUCCGGUUGGUCAGUAGGCUCAGGAAGAGCACGGUAGAAGGCGCGACCGGGGUAACGGCACCGACUGGUCCAUCGGCGUCGUCGGGAUCCCAGACUCCGCACGAUGUUCCUGUGCAGCCGACAGUGGUAGAAGCCUCGACUGAAGCGGCAGCUCCUGAGUCGGCCGAGACCAAACCGGCUACAUCGGUCGAUGCAGCACCCCAAAAGGACAAGUUCUUCGUUCUGAAGAGCCUGACUGUUGAGGACCUAGAGCUAAGCGUGAGGACCGGUAUCUGGGCCACCCAAUCCCACAAUGAGGAGACUCUGAACGGGGCCUUCCAGUCUGUGGACAACGUAUACCUUGUGUUCUCUGCAAACAAGUCAGGGGAGUAUUUCGGUUACGCGAGGAUGACAUCGUCUAUCAAUGAAGACCCGGCGGCCGCGAUCGAGUUCGCUCCGAAGGCACAGUCUGCGAACGAUACCGACCUACCGAAGGCCAUCCCAACCGAAGCCACCGAUUAUGCGCCGAAGGGCAGGAUCAUCGACGACUCGGCCAGGGGAACAAUCUUUUGGGAAGCAGAGCGCGAAGAUGGCGAGAGCGGCGACGAAGAGGAGGAGCAAAGCGACGUGAGCAGCAGAAAGAGUUGGAAUCAGGAAGGAGAUGGCACGACCAAUAAGGCAUGGGGCAAGCCGUUCAAGCUGGAAUGGUUGUCGACCGCGCGAUUGCCCUUUUAUCGGACACGUGGGCUCCGGAACCCGUGGAACUCGAACCGAGAAGUCAAGAUUGCGCGGGACGGUACGGAGUUGGAGCCAUCCGUUGGGCGAAGACUAAUCGGUCUGUUCAAUCGUGUGCAGAGCCCUCCGAACCCCGGGGCAGUACCAGCUGCCAUGCGACCCGGGAUGGCGAUGAUUGCAGGAUAUCCGCCCAUGAGGCCGCAGUUCCAGCAGUGA